GAAAACGGUAUCGGGUACAAAGCUCUCUUUUUUUAAUUAGGUGAAUGACUUCUGUAUUUCUAAAGUGGGUCUUUAUGGUUAGAUACCGCAGUCUUCCAUCUAAUCUCACCGAACAGAAAGUGUGGUGUAAAUAAAUUGUUUCCCCGUAACCGAGGUACGAAGCAAAAUUUAUUUACCAGUGGAAACGGGGUUCUGGUUUAGUCUGCACUGUAAUAAAGUAGAUUGGAACGAUUUAAGCGCAUUUUCCAAAAUACGUGACAUGAUUUUUAAGAGCGCGAAGAUUGGUUUGAUAGUUCAAGUGUCUGUUUUCGAAAUUUCCAGAAACACGCACAAAAACGUUAACAUUGCUGAACUGUGCGACCAAAAUACGUAUGUAAAAAAAAACGGUGCAUGGAAAAAAAAAUAAUCGGCUUUUUUGAUCUUGUAUAAUUUCGCAUUUUUCUCGAAAUAAUCAGCGAUGGAAGUCAAUGCGUUCGAAGAAAAACAUUACAUAUCCCAUCCAAAUUAAAUCCGAAAGGGAUCUUUAUUCAAAGCAACCCCAUUGCAAGAAAAUCUCAAAUUAUUUUUGUAAGAUAAUCCGCAAUUGCACAGAGAAAUGAUCUGCACUGGGAGGCGAGGCUGAGCAAAACAACACGAUGGUCAGCAAGGAUCUGGUUUCGAAAGAACCCCCCUUUUUUUUCCCCCACUGUUUUAUGGUGAAUGUGAUUUAUUUUACGAAAUGUAACGGUUACUUUUGAAAUGUGCGGUCGCCUUAAUUCGACCCGAGGCCGAUUGCCCCGUUCAUCAUAACCAAAGGAAACUGAGCCCCUGUCUCCAGAGGGUGGCGCGCAAGGACAACCAAAAGCUGCGGUUGGGAGCCGGUGGCGCGCCCAAUGCGCGUACCCCUCAUCCUGAUUCCUCCGCUACCUUCCCAUUUGUAGCCACAGUGCCCGAAUUUACCUCUAGAGGUCAUCAGCGAGAAUUUACGACUGGACAACAAAAGCACGUGAUUCCAAGUCGUACCCCAUAUUUGGGCGCCUACGUAGGAGGGAACGAAGUACAUGUCCCAGUCAUUUCCAUAAUUCAUCAUAAAUUGUGCAGGGUGCUAGACGCACAAACGACCAAGAGCCACAAAUCAAGUAAAAAUAAAUAAAUAAAAAAAAUCAAAUGAGCUCUUACUUUGUAAACUCAUUCUGCGGUCGCUAUCCAAAUGGCCCGGACUAUCAGUUACAUAAUUAUGGAGAUCAUAGCUCGGUGAACGAGCAAUACAGGGAUUCUGCAACGAUGCAUUCCAGCAGGUACGGCUACGGCUACAAUGGGAUGGAUCUCAGCAUUAGUCGUUCAGCAUCUAACCAUUUUAAUGCCAAUGAAAGAUCUCGAAGCUACUCUGCAGCAGCAGCAACAACAGCAGCAGCAACAGCAGCAGCAGCAGCAGGGACAGGAGCAGCAGACACCAGGUACAACCAACCUGCCACAUCCACUCAGUCUCCUUCACCUGACCCUCUGCCCUGCUCCGCAGUGGUCACUCCGCCUGCCAGCGACAACAACCACGGAAUCAAAAACUCCAUAGCAAGCCCAACUACCUCCUCAAAUUCCAGCAGCAGCAGCAGUCACAUCAGUAGAGAUGGGGUUGGCACGUCGCCUGGUACUGAGGAUGACACCCCGGCAAGCAGCGACCCGCCAAGUUCACAGAACGGGCAAAGCACAGCACAACAGCAGCCCCAGAUUUACCCCUGGAUGCGAAAACUGCACAUAAGUCAUGACAAUAUGGGAGGACCAGAAGGUAAGAGGGCCAGGACGGCUUACACUCGAUACCAGACCCUGGAGCUGGAAAAAGAAUUCCACUUCAAUAGAUACCUGACCCGGAGACGACGGAUAGAAAUUGCACAUGCUCUUUGCCUCACAGAGAGACAGAUUAAGAUCUGGUUCCAAAACAGAAGGAUGAAAUGGAAAAAAGAUAACAAGUUAAAAAGCAUGAGCAUGGCCGCUGCAGGAGGUGGAUAUCGUCCAUGAUCAAUAGAAGUACUGGGCAGUAGCUGAUCAAUUAGCAUAAUGUCAAUACAGUACUGACUUCCAAAACUCUUUUCCCCUGUUACUUCUAUGAAGAAAAUCAUUUCAGUGUUGCCGUAUUCCAACCUUUGAAUCGUUAGCCUGUUCUCUGGUCGUACUGUUGCCUGUUCAAGUAUUCUGCUUACAGUUGUUGUCUAGGAGUAGCAUAGCCUUGUGGAAUAUAGCUGUUUUAACUUAUUUAUAUUAAUACAAGCGGUGUUACUUGAAGUAACUGUAUAAAUCGUCCAGUAAAGAAAAAUGUAAUUAUGUGUUGCAGUCUAUAAAAGUGUAUGUAUGUGUUAGUUGCUACAUGUCAAAAUAGCUCCAAGCUUGCAAUAAGUAAUUUAAUUUCAGACUAUCGUCCUUUGUAAUUGAUAUCGUAGUGUUACAUCACUGAGAUGCUACCUAUUCUGUGUUAUUAGUGAACAGUGAAUUUUGUGAAGGAUAUUGCGAUUUUGAAUUGUAUGUCUAUGCUGUGCCUUGUAUGACUUUGCACGAACUCCAAUAAGUGGCUCUUAGCGCAGCGUCAGUGUAUGUUUUUGUGACAAAGGAUAAAUAUAAAGCCUAAAGUCUGGCAGCUUAAGAAAUUUGUGAUCAGCUUUUGUAUUUGUUUUUAAGACUGACUGGAAGUUAAAAUAAAGUUUCUAUAGUAACUUUCCUGGACUUUCGUGUCCAAAA